CGCUCACCCCCCGCACGCCCCACUGGCCUUCGCCACUCAAGCAGCACCCUGACACGCGCACGCGAAACCGUCAAGUUCCCCUGGGUCUGGCCCUCAGACUCCUCCAACAUCCCACGACACUCCAACCUCAAAUCCAAAACCCGCUUGCCAAUCCUUGGACCCAUAUUAAACUGGUACACAGACAUCUCCGGCAAAGCCAUGGUAGCUUCAAUCUUCGAUAAUGCGUAUAUCGAGACUGUUCGUGAGAAAAUGGUCCCGCUCGUGCUCCCCAAGGCUGCCAAAGCGGUGGCCGAGGGCGAUAUGCAGGCGUUGGAUCGAGUGAUGACCAGGCAUUUGGCGGCAAUGUAUAAGCAUGCGCUGGCCGGGGUUAAGGCCCAGGGAAUGGAGAUUCAGAUGGAGGUGGGCGAAGUGGGCGAACCCAAGCUGGGCCCUCCGGCAGCCUUCGAUCCGGCUGUACCGCUUUCGGUGCGGAUGAAUAAAUACGCGUACAAGUAUUUUGAGCACAUGCGGAUUGCGGUCUUGAAGCUGACGCCCGAGGAGAUGGAGGACCGUGGCGUGGUGGAGGGGUUGGUUAGGCGCACGAUGGAUGAGUGGAUCUCUAUUGAGCUGUGGUUUUCGGUUCCUGUGGAGGCCAAGGUCGAGCUGGUGAAGGGCCGCAAGGUGAUGGAUUGCGACCAGGGCAGAUUUGCGAAUUUGGCAAAGGCAUUUAACCACAGCGAGGAUGCAGGUGAUUUGGAACCGUUCGCUGAGAUUAGGUAA